GCACGCGCAACGCACGCGCAAUUUGUGCUGUAACGUAUUUCUUCUUACCGCUAAAAAUGAGAAAAAGUUUCACAUUUAAAUUAUUUAUAUUAGUUCUACUAAUAUCUGUUUUAUUACUUUUUUAUACAGCUGUGAGUGAUGUACCCAGAAAUGGGUACGGAAAUAUUAUUAUUCAAAGACUAAGGGAAAUUAGUGAUAUCGUUAGUGAAAACAGUGAAAAUUAUAAUGAAAAUGUGUCAAUCGAAAUAGAAGAGAACACAGAAGUACAAAAUGCUACAGAGAAAACUACAAAAAUAGAGGAGCGUAACAUGAAAUAUAUUCUGCAAUGGACAACACCCACAAAUGUACCAUUCGUAUACAUGGGGAUCGGUCAACAAGGAUUCAUUGAUAGAAAAUGUUCAUAUACAAAUUGCAUAGUUACUGCUAAUAGAACCUACCUUGGUGAUGUAAAAAAAUUUGAUGUAAUCGCAUUCGCGGGUCCUGAGGUUGUGCGUACGCCUCUCAAUAAUUUACCACAUGAGAGAUCACCUGAGCAAAAAUUUGUUUUUACUAAUAUUGAGUCGUCUCAUUACUAUCCAGUAUGUUCCAAUAAAUUUGAUGGAUAUUUUAAUUGGACCUGGACAUUUAGACUUGACUCUGAGGCUCGUUGGGGCUACAUUAUAGUUAGGGAUGCAGAUAAUAACAUUAUAGGUCCAAAUAAAAUUAUGCAUUGGAUAAAAUUUGAAGACAUGGAUCCUGUGAGCGAAGAAAUUAAGACUCAACUUAAAACUAAAACGAAAACGGCUGCUUGGUUUGUGUCAAAUUGCUAUUCAAAAAGUAGACGUGAGAAAUAUGUGGAAGACCUUAAAGGAGAAUUAUCAAAAUAUAACUUGACCAUUGACGUGUAUGGAAAUUGUGGAACAAUGAAAUGUUCACGUGAUAAUGAAGAAAUAUGUGAUGAUAUCGUUAAAGAAAGUUAUUAUUUCUAUUUAUCGUUUGAAAAUUCUUUUUCCGAAGAUUACGUUACAGAAAAGCUACUGCGAGGCUUACAAAGCAAUGCAAUACCUAUAGUUUAUGGUGGUGCUAAUUAUACGAGGUUCAUGCCAGAGGGCAUUUAUUUGAACGCAAGAGAACUAGGCGUGGAGAAGUUGGCAGCAAAGAUGAACGAAUUAAUUAACAAUCCCGAAGAAUAUGCCGAGUACUUCAGAUGGAAAAAGUAUUAUUCGUAUCACAAAAGGGCGGAGAGCAUAGAUACCGAUGAUUAUUGUGGUUUUUGUUCAUUACUGAACAACGAAGAAAUGUUACACAAAAAAUCAGUUUUACAAAACUUCAGAAAAUGGUGGGAUUCACCAGAUUUAUGCUCUUAAAAUACUGUUUAUGUACAUAUUAAUAUUGUUUUUUAAGAAUACUGUGAAUAUAUAUUGAACCAAUCGUUUUAAUUUAAGGUUGUAAAAUCUAG